GCGUAACAAAAUACUGCAGAGUUGAUGCGCCAUCCGAGAAGAUGUCUGAAGUUGUAAAGAAAAGAAAACUAGAUAAAACCCGUAAUGACAGACUUUACUUUGACAGCUACUCCGACGUGACUAUUCACGAGGAGAUGAUAGCUGACCACGUUCGGACUAACACGUAUCGCACGGCGAUAACCAAGAACAGCCAGUAUAUUCGGGGUAAAGUCGUAUUGGACGUCGGUGCAGGAACCGGCGUUUUAAGCAUGUUCUGUGUCCAAGCCGGUGCUAAGAAAGUGUAUGCGGUGGAAGCCUGCUCUAUCGCGGAGCAGGCUGAGAAAAUAGUCAAACACAACAACAUGGAGGACAGAAUAGAAGUGGUCAGAGGCACACUGGAGACGGUGGACCUACCGGAGAUGGUGGAUGUGAUCGUCAGCGAGUGGAUGGGGUAUGCUCUCCUUCACGAGUCCAUGCUCAACUCGGUACUGUACGCGCGCGACAAGUGGCUAAAAGCGGGCGGCCUGAUUCUGCCCAGCAAGGCCGAGCUUUACAUCGCACCUAUCUCUGACCCGGUAGUACAGGACCGCCUGUAUUUCUGGUACACCGUCAAAGACCGGUACGGAGUCGACAUGACCUGUAUGUCCGACUUCGCCCGCAGAUGUAUCAUGAACUCCGACAUCAUUGUGAACUCGGUGACCACUGAGGACGUGCUUUCCCACCCGGCCCACUUCGCCGAGCUCGACCUGUACUCCAUUAAAGUGGAGGAGCUGCGGUCGGUGAAGGGACAGUUCCGGUGCGAGUCGUUUGGCUCUGCUGCGGUCAACGCUUUCUGCAUCUACUUCACGGUGACGUUCUCCUGCGCGGACACCCAGCAGGCGCUUGUGCUCUCCACGUCCCCGUUCAAACCGGAGACGCACUGGAAGCAGGCGGUGCUUUACCUGGACACUCCAGUGGAUGUGGUGCAGGACACGGUAUUUGCCGGAACGGUCAGCAUGUUUCCCUCAGAGAAAAGCACCAGACAUAUCUGUGUUCAUGUGGACUACACGAUAGGAGAGCAGGAGAGACAGUCCAAGACUUUUUCCAUUCCGGACUGGAGCUCGGAGGCUCAGCCAUAAUGUGGCAUCAGAUGAAGCGGUGGUGAAAGGAGUCCUCAGAUCAGUAGUAAUACUCUGUUACAAGUAAAGGUUCAGCAUCCAAUGUUGUUUUUGACAUGAUGUUAUUACAUAUAAUGUUUUACUCUUAUGACUUGUUUGUUAUCUAUAUAUGUUACUAGGUAGUCUGAAGCAGUGGUGGUAGAGGUACUCAGAUCCUUUACUUAAGUAAAAGUAGCAAUACAACAGUGUACAACUACUCUGUUACAAAGUAAAAGU